CCUUACUAAAAGUUGCGACUCACAUGGUGGAAUCAAAUCUCAGGUAGUAUUAUUAUUUGUCAAAGCAGAGGAGAAAGAAAGCUUUCGGUCUGAAAUUGAAGUGCGAAUCGGGGAAUCUAGGGUUUCGAGAGAGAGAUAAUGGGUGGAGGAGGACAUGGCGGAGGUAUAACUUACAAGGGAGUCACUGUUCACACUCCCAAGACUUGGCACACCGUCACCGGAAAAGGCUUGUGCGCCGUUAUGUGGUUCUGGAUUCUGUACAGGGCAAAGCAAGAUGGUCCUGUAGUUAUGGGAUGGAGGCACCCUUGGGAUGGCCAUGGUGAUCACGGUCACGGGGAUCAUCACUAGGUCUCACUGAACCUUUGAAGAUCAUGACGAAAAAAGGGAUCGUCUCUUGUUUUUUAAUUUUCAGCUUCAUAUGUCGAAAUAAAGACAACUGUGAAGAAGACGUGAAUUGUUUUUGUACACAACCUUGUAAGACUUGCUGCUUCUGUUUUAAGUUACUGCUUGUGUUGCACUUCAUGAUGAUGUUGUCAUUUUGCUGUCUACAAAUUAAUUUGAAAUAAAAUGCAUUGCGAGAUUCGUGUUUUUA